UGGAGGGAGAGUGUGGGAGUUGAGGCUUGUUUUAGGGGAGGAACCCUUUGGAAAGAACUCCAGGGAAACACAGAAUUAGGAUAAUCUUCCUCUGGGAUGAUAGUCUUGAAAGUAAUAUGGAGGGAUAUGCCCCUGAUGCACCCUUGGGAGAAAUUCUCCCCACUGCGGUCGGCUUCCUUCCUUUUGUCAAAUCCCCUCCGCCACCUCCUUGGUAUAUAAGUGCGGGGCUGAGACGUGGGCCAGCUAGCGCUUCUUCUAUGAGGGAGGUCCUCGCAGUCAAAGGAAGGAAUGCUAUUGCUCCCAUCCUCCCUCUCCCAUCCCCCUCCUCAAAGAGGGGGCUUAGUGGAGAGUCGGAGAGUCCCCUAAGUAAGGCCUGGGAGGGGGGAAAAAUAGGCAUUUCUCCUAUGAGCCUUACUCAGACUUUGUUGCACAUCCUCCCCCCCUCCCCCCAAUUUUGCCUCGCACAACUAUACCCUCAAGGACUCCUUACACAUAAAACUCUUAGGGUCAGUCCUUGGAGGAACAAAAAAGAAACUCCAGAAAACAAAACAGCACAGUGCUUUAUACUUUCUAAGUGCUUAAUAAAUGCUGCUUGACUUGACUGACUUGCAAAUCCCACUCCUUGGGGGGCAGUGCGAGGUUUUGGAAAAGCACCGAAAUUAUAUUUAGUGGCCCCAUAGUCUUUUAGCCUUUUAAAGUCUUAAUAGCUUAGAACCACAAAGACUUUUGGGACGCCCAAAAUAAUAAGGGUGAAGAUGAGGAGACGAGUGUGCCCCUAGGCUCCCCCCUUCCUAUCGGAUCCCCCCCCCCCACCGGCGCCCUCCGCCCGCCCCUCUCAGAAGCUGUGUCCAAGCCGAUUCCCUCCUUCCCCGCGGGGGCCCCAGCUACUUCUCCGGGGAGCUCCUGGGUACAAAUACAGGUCAACCUCGUGCAGGGAGAGAAAGACGGGCUGUUUCCUUACCGUCCUGAGCGCAGCCAAGGGCCCAGGGAACCCCGGAGGAUUCAAGGGCAAGGUGAAAUGGUUUGGAAUUGAGGAGCGCUCCCCCGGGACCCCCAGAUCCCCCGGACGGCGGCGGCGGCGGCGGCGGGGUUGCGGGUGGGGAGCGAGCCCGGGUGCCCGGAGCAGGAGCGAGAGGCGUGGGGGCUGGGGGCGCACGCGCGGGGGUGAGGGUGAGGAGUGUGUGCAGCAGCUACCCAGAGAGUGCGAGAGGGAGAGCGGAGGAGGAGGAGCAGCGGGAGGAGGAGGAGGUGGCGGCCGCCGCGUCCGUCCGGCAGCUGCGGUAGCGGCGGCGGCAGAGGCGGCGGCGGCAGCGGCGGCGGCGGCAGGACCCGGGCAGCCCCGGCAGCGGAGACGGCAGCAGCGCGACCCCCGUCCUCCGCCGCCUCCUGCCCGUCCUCGUCCCCCUCCUGUGCCCGGGGCGGCCCCGGCCCGGCGGCCCGGCCGCGGCAUGGACAAGGACGGCCUGAGCCGGGCUGACCAGCAGUACGAGUGCGUGGCCGAGAUCGGCGAGGGCGCCUACGGGAAGGUGUUCAAGGCCCGGGACCUGAAGAACGGAGGCCGUUUCGUGGCGCUGAAGCGCGUGCGGGUGCAGACCGGGGAGGAGGGCAUGCCGCUCUCCACCAUCCGCGAGGUGGCGGUGUUGAGGCACCUGGAGACCUUCGAGCACCCCAACGUGGUCAGGUUGUUUGAUGUAUGUACAGUCUCACGGACAGACAGGGAGACCAAGCUUACGCUAGUGUUCGAACACGUUGAUCAAGACUUGACCACCUAUUUGGAUAAAGUUCCAGACCCAGGAGUACCCACGGAAACAAUCAAGGACAUGAUGUUUCAACUGCUCCGAGGUCUGGAUUUUCUUCAUUCACACCGAGUAGUGCACCGUGAUCUGAAACCACAGAAUAUCCUUGUCACCAGCAAUGGACAGAUUAAACUGGCCGAUUUUGGCCUUGCCCGGAUCUACAGUUUCCAAAUGGCUCUUACCUCAGUGGUUGUCACUUUAUGGUACAGAGCACCUGAAGUCCUGCUUCAGUCCAGUUACGCCACGCCAGUGGACCUGUGGAGCGUGGGCUGCAUAUUUGCAGAAAUGUUUCGUAGAAAGCCUCUUUUUCGUGGAAGUUCAGACGUCGAUCAACUAGGAAAAAUCUUGGAUGUCAUUGGACUUCCAGGUGAAGAAGACUGGCCAAAUGACGUGGCCCUUCCCAGGCAGGCUUUUAAUGCAAAAUCUCCCCAACCAAUCGAAAAGUUUGUAACAGAUAUUGAUGAGCUAGGCAAAGACUUACUUAUGAAGUGCUUGACAUUCAACCCAGCAAAAAGAAUCUCGGCUUGCAGUGCAUUGUCUCACCCAUAUUUCCAUGAUGUAGAGAAACCUCAUGAGAAUGUGGACCCUCGGACAUCCCCCAGCCAAAGCAGCAGUGAGGGCAACAGUGCUUGAGGUGAUCAGUGCUCUCUGGAGCUGAACUGAUAACUGAGGGGCCGCCCCCUGGGAAGGCAGUGCUGUCACUGAUCACAUCUGGGCUUCUGGAGGGUCUGCCUCUCUCUUCUGGAUGACGAUCUGUUUCUCCCGGGAAACUGGCCAAGUUUACUUGUUUCCAAAUCAAUGCAAAAGCAAUUUUGAGUUUCAUGUUCGUGUGUAUGUUCGUUCGUUUGUGUGUUCGUUCAAAAUACCUGGAAAAACAAGACAAAAAACAAAAAAAACAAAAACAAACAAAAAAAAAAAAACUCCAGAUGAAGAGAAGCUGCUGACCAAUUUUGCUGCCGUUUCUUUUGUCCAACAUCAAAUGCUGCCAGAGUGAAGUAGGAAUAAUCCAGUCACUGCCGACUUAAGAUGUAAUCUCUCUAUAGCUGCUGAAGCCUAAUUUGGUACUCUUGAGUGAGUGUGUGUGUGUGUGUGUGUGUGUGUGUGUAUGCUUGUGAUCUCUUAAAGUGUUAUUUUUUUAACUGCAUAGAAUAAUUGAAUUUUUAGCGGCUGAAGGGAAUGGAAUACAGAUGCAUCUAUUUACUGAAGAGAAAAUACCAGAAUUAGGGCUUCUCCAGAAAUGAGAAAUUUAGGCCUAUGUUGACAACAUCUCCUUUCUAUCCAAAUGCAGUGAGUUUACAAGGAGUUACGAGUUUAUUAUUACUUAGGCAAAAGCAAAUGCACACUGAAAAAUCCAUCCCUGCCUUUUCAGCCCCGCUCGGAAUAUCUUUAUGGGAAGUAUUUCAAAAUACAUAUUAUCCUUUGCCCUCCUUAGAAAGCUAAUUUUAUUCAAUGCAAAUCUGUUUUGAUUGUACAACAUAAUUAUUUUUCUCUUAAAACAGGGCCCAAAAAUAAUUUCCCUACCUGUUAUUGACUUCAGGGAAUUUCCCUCUUAAAAAUUAAAAAAAAAUUUUUUUUAAGUAAAUGAAGAUGGUAAAAAAUAGAGCGCCUUUUUUUUUUUCAUGAUUUGCAACCUUUAAACAUUUUUUAAAGGCCUCUAUUUUUAAAGCAUUUCUUAUUUUAGUUGAGAGAAUCCUUCUUUUCUAGCUGGUUACAGGAAUGCCCUAAGCGUUAUCUCUACAUGUUAACACUGUACUUUUCUAUAAUGCACUGCCUUACUUGCAAAAUAUGUAUUGCAUAUUACCUCCUAGUGCCUAAGUCCAUUACUGCCAGCUGGUUACUUAUGUCCUUUUACACACUGUCUUCGUGUGUCAGACAAACCUCUCAUUUCUAUGGAGUAAGAUUGCAACUUCAUUACCCAAACUCUUCAACCUUAUUCAGGCCUUAGUGGUCUUCCCCUUCAAGGAUCACUCAUCAUGGUCCUGUGCUUUUGUAGUUUAAGGAGAUGAGUCAAGUAUAUAUGCCCCUCUAUGGAACCAGCAAAAAUAAAAUAAAUGUACAAACUUGUAGAGAAGAUGGCUUGAAUCUAUAACUUGAUAUUUUUACUUUGGUAACUCAGUCUAUUUUCAGUACAGCAUUUAUCUUUUUAAAAAGGGGCAAAAACCCCAAAAGCCUUUUACUUAUUUUUCAGGAGUAGCUUUCUUCUUUAUAAAUGCAACCAUUGGGGUAGUUCCCUUCCUCCCUCACCCCCCAAUAUCUAGCCCAUCUUUUCUUUUAGUUUGCUCUUGCUUUUUGGUUUGGAGUAGGGAUCCUUUAUGGAAGGCACUCAGCCCACUCCUGGUUCUUAGGGAUGGAGAUGAAUGGAGAUCUUCAUAUUGUGGCUAGUUCUGCUUUUUCCUGCUUCUUCACAGUCCUCCACCUUGACCUUAGAGAUAGCUGCUUUCGUGAUCAUGUUCCCCCUCAAUCCUCUGCUCACACACACUGUUUCCUAAUGACUAAUGUCUGAUAGCAAGAACAUAGUCUCUUUGGAGAAAUACUGUCAUUUUGGCUAUCGGACUUAUGUUUUCAAUAGAUCUGCCAAUUAAGAUCAUGUUCAGAGGCAGAAUUAUUAAGGAAUGGAUGAAUACCAGCCUGAGAGAGACUAAAAAACAUAUGUAUACUUGUAUGCUUUAGAAAACAUUAUGGUGUUCUUGAGAAAUAAAAAUAUGCCAUUUCAUGGGAUAUGCAGAUAUAUCAAACUAGAUGGGUUUGGGGAGUCACUUUUUAAAACAAAAAAUACACAUACUGUUUUGCUUCAGUGAUAUAAAGGAUGGGAGUUCUCCUUUGAAAUAAAGUGGGGAGUCAGCUAAGAAGAAUAUUGCACAUGUUUUUCAUGAUUUCAACAUCAGUGACAUUUAGCCAUUGACAUUAGUCCUUGAAAUAAAAUUAACCUGCAGGUGGUCCAGAUAAUACCAGAUAUGACCAGAAGUGGUGAGAAUUUUGUCUUUCUUUGGGGCAUUACAUUUAAACAAAGAGGAGAGCCUUUUUUGACAUACCAUAAAUUUGGCUUAAAGAACUUUAUUCCUUGAUGCUUCAUCCCUCUAAUCAUCACUUAGACGAAAGUUUGAGAACUUUUUGAGAAAAACAUGGGUGUGCUGCACUACUAUAUUCUAGAGCUUGUUUUUUGUUUUGUAAUUGGCUUACGACUUUCUUUUUAGCAUUUAAUAUUGACUUAGUUUUUGAGUUCUUGAGUUAUUUCAUCAGUUAGAGAUAUAACCCUUAUCUCUUCUGUUAAUUUAUAUAUUGCAUGAGCAUGACUAAUUUUGUCAUUUUAUGCUUUUGAUGGUCACCUCCUGUAUUUGUCAUUUCCUGAUUAAGGAUCCACACCAGACCCAAUUGCUUUCAAGGAAAGCUUUUUCCUCAGUGCUCCAGAAAAGCCCACUGGAUUUUAGUUACUCAUCCAAGGAACUUUUCGUGGAUCUUUGCUAAUGCUAAGAAGCCAAGAACAUCUAGGAAUUCAAAAUACCCUUUAAACUAAGCCUUAUCUAAAAACCCAUGUAAAAAAAUAGAACUACAUCAUGGAUUUGAAGCUAAGUGUGAAGAUGGUGGUUGGCCUGGUAAAAGAAAGUGCAUGCUGUUUCCCAUGUUAAAGUGAAAGAAAACUAUCUGGCAUUUUAUACUGGGCCACCAUGGGCUUUUGCCAAAAGCUUCUGUAGCAAAGUAAAAUUGAAGAAAAUACUGUACAAGGCAGAGUUUUAGAGUUAGUGCAGGACAGGUAGAGUGACACAAAGCCUGUCUAGUCUUUUCUCAUGAGAUAUAUGAUAUGGUAAAGAGGUAAAAACUUAACCCAAAGGAAACAGACUUUCAGGAAACUAAGAUAAAAUGGGUUAGAUUCUCCCAUGUUGUUUCUCCUCUGAAGUCAACAGGAACUUUGGAGUUCAAGGAGGAAGAAUAUUGUGAGUAGAUUCAGCCCUUUCUCCUGUUAUAGUUUUCUCUUGAGUAUACAUCUUGGAUUUCAGGCCUUCUGGCCCCAAGGAGGCUCUUAUCAGAAGAGAUCAAAAUUGUCCAGCCUAAGAAUAGAAUUUUGGCAUCUUGUAAACUUGUAGGAGUAGCAACAUCUCUUGUAUAAAAAAGGUACAGUAUUAUAAAACUGGAGCAGUUCAUCUUUUUAUAUUGAGGGGGAGGGGACUUUGCUUUUUUUUUUUUUAAUUGAGAAAAUUUUUCUAGUUUGUGACAGAAAUGUAUCAAUACAAUGUAAUCAAUCCUUUUAGAUAUAACAGAUAUUUUUCUCCUUAUUUAUUUGGCAUUAUGGUCUUUGGUUACACUCUGUGGACCUUUCACCCUAGUAAAUGUUACAUAUGGGACCUAGAAAUGCCAGUAUUAGAAGUCCACAAUACAAAAUCAUGUAAAACUUCCUAACAAAACAGUACACAUUAAAAUUCAGAUUACCAAAGAAUGCAUUAUUCCCUUCCCCCUUCUUGGAAGAUUCAAGUAUUUUCAUAGCCAACAUACCAGACCACAUAUCUUCUAUUUCUCUCGGAAUUGUAGCUUUCUAAGUCAUGUCAAGUAUAUCAAAACCAUGAAGCUAUUAAUUUGUUUGAUGUGGCAGACACUGCUUAGAGGGACCACCAUUCUUAGCUAUUUGGGCUCAUUCUUUUUCACCAAAAGUAUUAAUCUUGGAAAUAUCAUUAUAGAAUCUUAGGUAUAAAGGAUUUUUAGAAGAGUGAAAUCUUUAGAUUGUGAGAGAUGAAUGUCAUUUGUUUAAACACUUUUGUAAAAUUGUGAGUUAUAAAAACAAUGAAGACAGAGGAAGUUCAGAAGAAACAAGGAAAGUAUCCAAAGAAGGCUGGCUUGGAAAUCAUAUUGGUAUCAAAGAAUUCAUGUUAUUAACAAAUAUUUUGUAAGAAUAAGUUAAAAUUCCAGGGAAAACCCUAAAUUUAGUAGAGUCUAAAGAAUAUUUCAUGGAGAAACUGAUCCUAAAUUCUAAAGUAUUGUUUUUAUUAUAGCUAUCUUCAUUUCCUCAGUUGAGUAAAAUGAAUUGACCUGUAAUGGCUCCCCCCUCCACACAUAAAAAAAGUUCAAGCCAAGCUUGUGGCUCAUAAUUUAAAAUGUUAAUUAUAGGGUGGAACAAGGGAUCUAUGUGGCAAAAAAAUGUUUUAUUCACAUACAAAAAUCAGAAACCUUUCCAUUUCUUAGCAUUUACAACAGAAACUAUUCACCAGAGAAUUGAAGCCAUUGUAUUAAUAAAGUUAGCCAGUGUCUACAUGAGUAACUCAUCCCCAAAUAGCACAUAACACAUUUUGAAUUUGGAAAGCCUUUGGUAGCUUCUGAAAAGGCAACAUUUUCAAUGGACUAGCAGAGUAAUUGUGUUUCUUCAUAAAAGAGCAAAAAGUACCAUCACAUUUUUAAAUGACAUUAUUUCCUCAGUCUACUUUUAAUUCUUAAGGUUAUUAUUCAUCUUUUCAAAGGGGUUAUCAUUUUAUUCCCUUUCAUUGAAUUUUAAGGAGAAAAAAAAUUAAUGGAAUUGCAUCAACACACUAAUAUUUCCUUCUUGGGUCUUCUGUUCUUCAGAACUGUGAACCUCAAUGGCUAAAAUUCCAUCCCAGAAUGUAUUUAGAAUUUUGUGCGUGUAUGUUAUUUUGAUUAGUCCAUGAUUUCCUUGUUGUAGAUACAAUCCAGUCUGCACCUUCUAGUCCUCUUGAUUUUCAUCCAUUCUUCCCUUAAAUUUAGCCACCAUGUCUUCUAUGUUGUUACAAAUCAUCACUGGCAACCUGCAGCAGCUUAAUCAUGGCCAUCAUUGAUUAAUGAUAAUUAAGUUGUCAUCUUAAUUCCUUGGUGAUCACAGUAUUCUCUGAUUAACUAUAGAAGUUUUGAAGAGAGCUUGGGAGUAUGAAAGGAAAAAGUUCUUGUUUUGUUUCCUAUAGACUGACACUAAGGAGAUUAUUCAUUUUGUGCUAACAUAUUCUCCAACAUGUCACUUUAGGAAAAAAUCUUGCAAAUUUUAACACUAUCCCAUGCUCUGAUCCUGAUUUCAUUUCAUUUUUAUUUGUUACUUGUUUUUCAAGAUCGCUAUGCAAGUAUUAUUCACUAAUAAAAGAAGCAACUUCUUAAGUUAAUUUUGAUGAUAAUGUAAUACUCUUACCAUUCAUCUUGAUUAGAGAGAGUUAUACAUCUCAAAUUCAAUACUUUCAUAUUCCUUGCUGUUUAAGAUAGCUAUAUUUGUACAUGAAGGCACAUCAUCCUGAAGAAAUAUGAGUGAAUAGAUCAUACAACAAAGUAAUACAUAAAAUAAUUUCUAUGGCAUUGCACUCCCAUAUGACAAAUCCCUCAAACAUAAUGGACAAUAAGCAAUUUUUACAUUGUAGUGUUCCAAUUGGGAUAUAUAGAAUUAGGAAGAAAUAUGAAGUAGUUCAUUUUCUAAUCUAUGAUCCAUGAACAUUACACUUAAGAAUUUCUCUCUGACAGAUAUUGGUUCUGUGACUAUAUAGGGUCAUUUAUCUUCUCUCUGACCCCAAGAAACUAGCAAUGUUUUUUUAAAUUGCGGAAGUGCUACUAAUCUGUAUUGGGAGAAGAAAAUUAUUCUUAGGAGCAAGCACAUGGAUAAAAUCACAGAUUCUAAAUUGGAGUAGAUCUGUAAUUUGUAUAUAUGUGCUAUAUAGGUAGGUAGGUAGACACAAAUAUGGUAUAUAUUAUGUAUGGUAGGUGUGUCUUGAUAACUUUUUUUCCCAAAAUGACACUUGAGAUAACUUUACAAAUAGAUUUUUGAGAAGAGAUUUUUUUUUUAAUUUGACUUGAGAACAAAGAAAUUACUCAGGACUGGCACAAAAACUCGUUAUGAUAGAUAUCCUCCAAAGUUAGUACGUUUUUCCCAGCAAGAUCAUUGUAAGCAGAAAAGCAAUUGUAUUGCCUUCCAGGAUUUCCAAUCAUUGUUUAUGUUCACAGUUCUGAACAGGACCCAAUCAAAAGGCUUUUUUUUGUUUAAUUUCCUUCAUGGGAAUAAAAAGAUAAUGCCUUUUUAAUAUUCCUUUUACAUAUAUUUUCUUUCAAGUGUUUAUGAUUUUAUAUGGAUGGCAGACUUAAGGAUUGUUCAAAAUCCACCUUACAGUACUGAAUUUCCAGUUCCAAAUCCAAAAUAAAAGACCAAGGGAAGAGCCUUAACUUGUUCUAAGGAGGCUAGAAAGAGGUCUAAGUCAGUUGUGAGAAUCCAAACAUUCCUUCCACCAUUCCGAAGCUUAUAGUUUAUUAAGAUGUAUUUAUUGACCAUCUCAGUAGAGAAGUCAUUGUCAGAAUCUGACUGGAAAUGAGACUGACCUCCCUCCUGUUCAUCUAUUUGAAACAAAGUCCAGCCUCAGCAAGAUAGCAUGGACUUUGUUUCUGCCUAGAAAGCAACUAUUGCACAGUGGUUAGGAAAGAAAAGCUAUUGGACAGUAUUUGAGAAAGAAAAUCCUCCUUAAAGUCCAAAGAAUAUCUCCACAAAACUUAUACAAAGAAUACUGUGAAGAGGUACAGUUACUGCAAUUCUGCCCAGGAUUUGUUAGUCUGGGAACAGCACGUCUACAGACUAAGCUUCCCACUCUCUACUCCCCCAAGAGAAAAUAACUAAUUAUAAGAAAGCUAGAUUCUUUCUCAGCAUUCUGUAUUUAAAUGACUCUUAUUUAACUGUAAAAAAAAAAAAAAAUGGACCCAGAAGAGUUCUUCAUAAAUCAUCCUUAUUUCUGCUUGCCCCUUAACUAGCCAUGACAUAACAAGUAAAUUUUAUUUUAGUUCUCUAUCUCAGUCCAGCAAUUAAAUAUCUGUAAAUGAAUACUUAACUACCCUGGCAUAUUCCUCUGUACUAGAACUUUGUGGUGAAUUACCAAGGAAGGAGUCACAUUGUUGGAUAAAUGGAUUUUCCUAAAAGAGCCCACCAUCAUUUCAUUUCUAAACUGUUGUUUUUCUAUAGCAUCAAUCUAUGUAUGUUCUGAAUAUCUUCUUUAUGCCCUUAUUUGAAAGCCCUUAGUCCUUUAGAAAUAUUUACUGUGUUACCAGAAUCAUCAAUAUUUCAGUGAUCCCAAAGCACUUUGAAUUUUACUUGGCAUUUCAAAAUAGUAAUCACAAUGUGGUAAUGACCACAUUGCUCUUACUCCUGAAUCCAUCCCAGAUCUUACUUCUACUCUUGAACCUGUGUUUGUGAUGAUGGAUACCCAUAUAAAUAUGUGUAGUCUUUUUAGUUUGUAUUCAUGAGUUUUGCUGUGAUGAAUAACAAGUGUCCUAGUGAAUCCAUAGAACUUAAAUAUCAACUGCCCACCUGUGGGGAAUAUUUUCUAACAGCCAUUCAGCCUUCAGAAAGGUAGUUCUACCAUCAAUCUUCAUUGCUAUUUAUUUCUGGAUUAUAUCAUGUGAAAAUACAGCUGGAGACAGAAAAUCUUAAAGCUUCCUGUUUUAUACUUCAUGUGUAUUUAAUGUUAAUUACUAUUAUCCAAGAGCUACCUAAUCUAGCUGGAAAAACUUAGAACUAAGUGCUUGAAUAAGCUGCCUGCCUUUGCAUUAGAUAUGUUAAAUGGGCUUGGUUGCUAGUUUAUACCUGAGUUUCCUUUAUCAGAUAGGCAAAGAAAUUAACUGAAAGGACUUUAAAAUGUUUUUUGCUGUCAACUUUACAUAUAGCAUAAUGUUAACAAAAAAAGUAAAAAAAAAAAAAAAAAAAA